UCAAUUUGUACGGUUUGUCUAAUUGGUCCGAGUAUGCGCCCCCCAACCCCGCCAAAAAAAAAAACAACGCAUUUAAUAAACCCGACACGAGUGGGACUGGACAUCACUUCAGUCUAUAGUUUUACGCACUCGUGAAACUAACGCCAGCAAUGGCAGGUCGACUUCUCCGAAAUUACAGAGCAACCUUGCAGUUGAGGGGUCGAAUGGCGUUAACACGUUCCAUGGCCACAAAGCAAGGAAUACCUACAGAUGAGGAACAAGCCACUGGCCUCGAACGUCGUGCCCUGCAAGCCCUAAAACUGGGGAAAGAUCCCUACAGUAUGCUGAAACCUAAGAAUUAUGCAGGAACCAAAGAAGACCCCCAUAUUGUCCCUUGUAUUGGACAAAAGAGGCUGGUGGGCUGCCUUUGUGAGGAAGACAACACUGCAAUUGUGUGGUUCUGGCUUCAUGAGGGCGAUGCCCAGCGCUGUCCCUCCUGUGGUUCUCAUUACCAGCUGGUUCACCAUGAGUUGCCUCAUUGAAAUCACCACCAAAAUAUUAACAGCACUUCUAUCUACAUACUUCGGUCCCAUACUCUUCCCAUGUCAGGGUGAUUGCACAUGUGUACUGGGUAUCAUAAAACAGAAUUGAGGCGUCAUCUAUAUAAAUCUGUUCUUCCUGCAGUGAGCUAUAAUAUAUGCCCAACCCUAACUACAUCAAGAAAUUAAAAUACUUUUGUUAAACUG